AUGGCGGGAACUCAGGUAGUUGAUCUCCCUGCAACUUUCAAAUUUAUUUGGAAGAUUAAUAACUUUUCUAAGUUGAAUAAUGAAGUACAUCAUUACUCUGAUGUUUUCGUAGCUGGUGGCACUAAAUGGAAGGCAGUUAUUUACCCGAAGGGAUUCGGUGAAGUGUAUGAUCACUUAACAGCGUUUCUUGUUCUUGAGGACUCAACCAAUUUACCGGUUGAUGCUGAGUUCAGUUUUGCCGUUAUUUGUACAUCUAAUUCCAGUAAAACAGUGAGAGAUGGACGCAAAUACCAAUUUGGAAAUGCUGGACAGAUGUGGGGUUUUUUGAAAUUGUUGCCUCUUAGUCGGUUGCAUGACCCUAAGAAUGGAUAUAUUAGAAGAGUACAAGUGGGCAAGAUUCCAGAGCCAGAACCUGAAAAGCAAAAUACAGCAAAUGAUGGUGAAACUAGUUUGCAAUUGGGGGAGUAUCCUGACGCCGGACAACCUUUUGAGGGGGGACGAAGUAAUGUUGAAGGUAGUGAAUUCGAAGAAGGUUUAUAUGAAGAAAUUGGAGGCUUUAGUAUCUUGAAAAAACAAGUGCCUCUGUAUGAACAAAUAUGGCUGAAAUAUGGUCAUAUUCCUUCCACAAAAGUUAUACCAGCCUCGUCGUAUUAUAUCCUCGUGAUGGUGGUCAAAGAUAUAAUGAACUCCGCUAUGGAUAUGCAUCAAUGCCAUUUUAUAGAUUUGUCAAAUGAAAUGAUUGAACUGUGGGAAGAGAAGAUAAAGAUGGCAGAGAGACUUGAAUUCAAUGUGAAAUGGCUUCGCCAAAGAUUUGAGAGUGUGAAAAAGGGGCUUGGACUGCUUGGUGGGAUGCAGAAAUUUAAGGCCGAACUGCAGGAGCAAGGUCAGAGUUUCCGAGCCGUGAAAUCAACGGUGAGGGCAAUUGAGGGUGUGUUAAGGAUAGCACAAAUGUAG